AGUUCCCUCAAACUGUCAGAGGAAUAUCAAGUUGUUGACCUUUGACCCUGAUAGAGAUAAUGUUCAAUGCAGAUAUGCAUCCUAUUCCUCAGAGUGCUUCACCUGCACAGCACCGUCUGUCCUCAGUCUCUCAUCAUCUUGUUCUCUAUCAUUCAGUCCAACCAGCAGCAGCUAUGAAGGUUCAUAUGCAGUUCAGCUGAUGAUGGAGGAUUUUACCAGAUGGAGCAUCACUCUGACUCGAUAUGAUGGUUACUCGUCUUCACUGAGCACCACCACCUCCAUCAGCGAAAUCCCUGUCCAGUUUGUUUUCAAAGUGGAUCCUGCAGCUCCGUCCUGCACAGCAGGUGAAUAUCUGCCCAGGUUUCUGCCUCCAACUCCUGAACAUGGAGCUCAGUUCUUCAUAGACGUUAAUGAGAUGAUAGAAAUCAACAUCAGAGCAGAGGCGACUCAGUCUGAGAUCACUGAGCUCCUGUUCAGCGGACCGUUCAACAUGGUCAAGAGUUCAUCUGGUUCAGGAUAUUUCACCCUGAGAUGGACGCCGUCUUUCAGUCAAUAUGAUGAUGAUGAAACCCAUCCCAUCUGUUUUGUUGUCCAGGCAAAAUCCUCCAGUUCUGUCUACCAGUCUGACCUUCGAUGUGUCAUUGUGAGGGUUGGAAACAUUCCCUCCAUAGCAACUCCAAGUCCUCCUCCUGAAACAACUCGUCUUACGGUUCUGAAGCUGAAGAUCUCGACUACGCUGCCACUGAAGGACAACAAGGAUGAAAUGGAGAAAGCGAUUAAAGAUGAACUGAUCAGACGAGGGCUGCCUGCAGACAUAAAGGUCCGCCUGCUGAGCGACGGUUCAGUGCAGGUUAACGAGAAGGCUGCCCCCUAGUGGCUAAACAUGAGAAUGAAUCUGAUCCCUGCAGUAAAAUAUGACCAACGUUAUCUGUUUUAAAUGUUGGGACUUAUGGUUGUUUUAGGUAGUAGGACUAAACUUUGUUAUGACAAUAAGCAGAAAUAAUAGAGUGAAUUUUUAUUUCUGUGAAAAUAUUUAUAAAAUACUGAUAAUUUCAUAAAGAAACUAUAAUUGUUUAGCAGUUAUUAAGAUAACGAAUAGAAGAAAAUGUAAAUAAAAUAAAUAUUUGGUGUCACCUGAACUAUUUAUUAAGUCGGUAUUUUCUGAGCGUUUGGUAUUUCUUUAUUACCGUUUUCCAUGUGUAACAUUUAUGCCUCUGAGGUUUUUAAUAAUCUUAAUAUCAUAGAAUUUUCUAC